UGUACUAUUGAUACUAGCAUCAAAAAACUACACACUUUCAAAUACAAAUAAAUCAAAAGAUAAUACCAAAGUUCUAUUUUCAUGUAAUACAAGUAAAUCUUCCUUUUUAUAUCACACAGCAUACAAACGAAAAGGACCACGCCCUUCUCUGUCGACCGCCGAUUCCGAAAAGUACAUCCUUGGUACAUACAUACUUUGAUUCUUUAUCAUAUUCUGUUUGCAUAUUCGAAGGGCCAUUGCAUCCCCCCAACGGAUGACCGCAUAAUUUGACACUACGACGACCUUUGGUCCUGAUUAUUGCAGAUUUUGCAAAGAAUUUAAAGAGUCCAGCAAAAUGUUUUGUCUUAGAAGGUAGGUUACACAUUCAUCCUAUUCAUCUGGGUCAUUUCGACCUUAAAUAUCAACAAGGAGGGGAUGGAUAUCUUGACAACACAACUAACUCUCUGUCCUGAUAGUUGGCUUCCUCUUCUCUUCAUCCCCACCAACGCCUCUCCAAUCUUCAUUUUCCUCUUCUUCAUCUGCACUUACUUCCUCAACCGACCCUGCGUAUACUGUUCACUUCUUCUCCUAAUCCUCUUCGCCUCUUCCUGCCAUUGGGCCGACCACUGUUUCUUCGACUUUAGCAGUAACUGGUUUCAACCACGCUCCUCAUCCUAUUCUCUUUCCGAAAUAAACAACCAAACAGCUCUUUCAAAUGAGACCAUAGACAAUGUGCUAAUGUACGCCGGCGCCUUCAAUAAAACUGCAAUAGCAUUAGCAGGUACGGCACUAGAGGAUGCGAAGAAUAAUUUGGCGAGUCGGGAGUGGACAGGUAUUGGGGUUGAGUGGUUGAGGAAUUUAUUAGGCAAGAGGGAAUGGAGGUUGGAAUGUGUGGAUGUGUAUAUCAGGCUUUGAUAUAUUCAUCUUGCCUAGCAAAAUACAAAAGGGAAAAUGGGGAUACACAUCAUCUACGAAGCAAUAAAAUGAAACUAGACCGUUUAUAUUUGGAGCAUUUGGGGAAUCAUAGGCAAGGAGUACAGCAGUAUUAUCAACUUAUGAUAGUCAUGGCUGCUGGAGAUCAUGUGAAUUUGAUAUGCAAUUUUUGAGGAUGGAAUGGGUUCGGUUUACAAAGGGAUUCGGUUGUUUGGCAUAGGUCGGAGCAAGGUGUUAGUAAUUUGUGUAUACAUUACACUCAAGUUGGAAGCCGUGAUAUACAGCGGCGUAUUUACAAAUGAGACUCAGUUUGGCAAUUUCAAGAACAUCAUUAACCUCAUUUAUCAGUUGUAUAUUUGAUUUUCA